UGACCCGCCUUCAUUACGUAUGAAUGUUUCGCGGGAACAUUGAAGACGUGAAAUAACCUCAUCUGUUCAUGUGAGAAGGUUCUGGAUAUCACUCCAUCUGAGCCCGUAUUGAAGUAAAGUUUUCGUAUCCUGGUUGAACAAAUUUAACUAUGGGCAAACAAACAGUCUUUUUGGCUUUAAUUUCUUUCGUGUUGUUUCACACCGGAAAAUUUCAAACUCCGAAAUCUACUCGGCUAAUCGAAGUACCAGACGGUGAUAAUCUCACUUUUCAGUGUGAAAUCCCCCCGGGAACCAACUUGAAGGACCGCUCUCUGGUUCUGAAACGAGUCGAUGGAAACACAAGUUACACCACACGUGUCAUCUACACCCGUCGAAAUGGAAAGGAAGAUCUUGGUUCACAGCCGGAGCAAUACAGAAACCGGGUAAUCUUCAUCAGUGGAGACCUGAGGAGAGGAUUCAUGACUGUACAGAUCCGAUCAGUCCAGCAGUCUGAUAGCGGAAAGUUCAAAUGGUUUAUCCCAAAAUCACACACCGCCUGUUUUUUUGAUGUUGUUGUGACAGAGAAGCAAAACCGUACCAAUGAGAAUGACACUAGCACAACAGCAACGUUAACAGAGGAAAUGCCAGAUACAGAUCCUGCAACAGAGAACCGUCGUCAUCAUUAUGCCCUCAUUCCCAUCUUUGCUGUUUUCAUAGCUACUGUUUUCCUGAUGCUCUUCAAGAACGGGAUUUGUAAGACAUGCCAAAGGAAAACUGAAAAAACAGACUCUGAGCUGGAAACCCAAGGUAACAAAGCAAAGGAAGGAGAUGAAGAGGAACAGCUCAAGAAACCAUCAGCAGGAGGAACUGAUGGACUGAAAGGAUAAUCUCAUCAUGGCCAGAGAAAAGAAGCUUUUUUUGAAUAUCCACCAUUUGGGCCAUUCAUCUGAUCCUUCGGUCAGUUGCUCAGGUGCAACUAAAUAUUUCCUGGAAACGUAGAAAAAAAGUAAGAUUGCAGUUAACAGAUUGUUUUAUGAAUUAUUUGGAAAAUCACUUAAUAGUAGGGCUGCCACGAUCAGUCAACUAGUCACGAUUACGUCGACUAUCAGAAUCAUCGACGACUAAUUUAAUAGUCGACGCCUCAUUUGAAGCUUUGUAAGAUCCCAAAAGACGCAGGAAUAAGUAGUAGGAUUUAAGAGUGUAAUAACGGCCUGAAACAGAAGAUGGCAGCACUGCAUGUACAAGGAUGCCAGCUGCCAUUAAAGAAGCAGUGUCCGGCAUCUUAGCUGUGUCCAAAUUCAGGAACCGCAUCCUCCUGUGCCCGCAUUUGUAGGCUGAUUACGUUACAGCCACACGGCAAAGACUGUCCAAAUUCGAAGACUCCGAAAAAUGCGGCCCAGAAAUGCGUCCUUCAUUUCCCCCUUCAGAAGGAUGUGUCGGGAUGGGUCAUGGCCCAACCUAUCCCAGAAUUCAUAGCGCGGCCCUGCUCAGUUUCCAACAAUGGCAGCAGCUAGUUAGUUUUAAUAUUACUCUUAUUAUUCUUUCUGGGUCACAAAAUAAACGUUUAACAUA